UCUUACGAUGUUUAAUAAAUGUAUAAUAAUGUUUUGUAUUGUAAAAUAUAGUCUUUUGACUCUGUAGAGACUUAAAGAAAAGGAUUAUUAGUUUUGUUUCCUCUUUGCAGAUGGAGGCAUCAAAUUAUACCAACCCAGAAGAAUACCCCACUGAAAUUCAUGAUUAUCUUGCAUCAUUUGAACAAUGUCUCGGUUCUGUAGAAGAGAUGCUGAAAGCAAUGAUGUUGGUUUCUAGGAGUGACCUCCAAAAGUUAGAGCCUCUGGAGCAAGCAAAGCUGGAUUUGGUUUCAGUGUACACGUUAAACUCAUUGUUCUGGGUAUACUUAACUAUCCAGGGAGUCAAUCCAAAGGAACAUCCAGUGAAACAAGAACUGGAGAGAGUAAGAACAUACAUGAACAGGGUCAAAGAAAUAGCAGAAAAGAAAAAGGCAUCCAAACUUGAUAAAGGAGCUGCUUCUAGAUUUGUAAGAAAUGCACUCUGGGAACCAAGCCCUGAAAAUGAAAAGAAAAACAAAGGUCCUGGUAAAGGAAAAAAAAGAAAGAUGGACUAAAUUUUUGCCUCUGGUUAUAUAAAU